AUGGGGUACAUCAUUUCACUUGGUGGGUGCCCUCUUGUGUGGAAAAGCAAGUUGUUGUCGUCAGUGUGUUUGGCUACAGCCGAGGCAGAGUAUUACAGUCUGUCCCACUGUCCCAAAUUCCACAGGCUGAGGGUCAUCCAUAAGAGAGAUUCGAUCCUCAGAACAUGCAAUGAUGGCAGAAGUAUUGCUCAUUAUGGGUCUGUCCAGUCCAAAAGCAGAUUCCUGGUAGACUUUGGGGCUGCAGUUCUGCAUUCCACUAGCCUCAAUGACUUGAUCGAUCCGUUCUGGCUGUUUCAUAUCCAAGGGGCCUCCUGGUAG